AUGACUCUCCACGCUACUGCGGACGUCAACAAUAUCGAGGCUCCCGUCACCUGGCGCGCCUACCUGCUCUGCGCCUUUGCCUCCUUCGGUGGUAUCUUCUUUGGAUACGACUCGGGAUACAUCAACGGUGUCAAUGGCUCCGGCGUCUUUAUCAACCUGAUUGACCCCGGCAAGGACGCCCUGACCGACGCUCACUCAUCUCUUAUUGUCUCUAUCUUGUCUGCUGGUACUUUCUUCGGUGCUCUGAUCGCCGGUGAUGUCGCCGAGGCCAUUGGCCGGAAAUGGACUGUCAUCAUCGGCUGCGCUGUCUACGGUGUUGGUGUUGUUAUUCAAAUGCUCACUGGCGUUGGCGGUAGCCAUCUCGGUCUCAUUGUCGCCGGCCGUCUUUUUGCCGGCUUCGGUGUCGGUUUCGAAUCUGCCAUUGUCAUUCUGUACAUGAGUGAAAUUUGUCCCAAAUCAGUCCGUGGUGCCUUGGUCGCGAGCUACCAGUUCUGCGUCACCAUUGGUCUUUUGCUCGCGUCCUGCGUUGUCUAUGCCACUGAGAACAAGCCAAACACUGGCUCGUACCGUAUCCCCAUUGGCAUCCAGUUCAUCUGGGCCUUGAUUUUGGGUAUUGGUCUGAUCUUCCUCCCCGACUCCCCCCGUUACUUCGUCAAGAAGGGCCGUAUUGAAGAUGCCACCGCCGCUCUGUGCCGCGUCCGCAACCAGCCUGCCGAUUCCGUGUACGUCCAGGCCGAAAUCGCCGAGAUCAUUGCCAACGAGGAGUAUGAACGCCACAUCAUCCCCGACUCUGGCUGGUUUGGCAGCUGGAUGAACUGCUUCUCUGGUAGCCUCUGGGAGCAAAAGUCUAACCUUCGUCGUACUAUCCUCGGUACUUCUCUGCAGAUGAUGCAGCAGUGGACUGGUGUCAACUUCAUCUUCUACUUCUCCACCUCUUUCCUGCAAUCUACCGGUGCCAUCAGCAACACCUUUUUGAUCUCCUUGAUCUUCACCCUCGUCAACGUGUGCUCCACCCCCAUCUCUUUCUACACCGUUGAGAAGUUCGGUCGUCGCCCACUGUUGAUCUUCGGUGCCUUUGGUAUGUUGAUCUGCCAGUUCAUCGUCGCCAUCAUCGGUGUGACCGUGGGCUUCAACAAGACCCACACCGAUGCCGCCGGGGAGACCAUUGCCAACAACAUUUCUGCCGUCAACGCCCAGGUCGCCUUCAUUGCCAUCUACAUUUUCUUCUUCGCCUCGACCUGGGGUCCUGGUGCCUGGAUUCUCAUUGGUGAAAUCUUCCCCAUCCCCGUCCGUGCUCGCGGUGUUGCUCUGUCCACUGCCUCCAACUGGCUGUGGAACACCAUCAUUGCCGUCAUCACCCCGUACAUGGUUGGUACUGAGCCCCAGGAUGGCAACAUGAAGUCGUCCGUCUUCUUUGUCUGGGGUGGCACUUGCACUGCCUGCUUCCUGUACUCGUACUUUUUGGUUCCCGAGACCAAGGGCCUGUCGCUCGAACAGGUCGACAAGAUGAUGGAGGAAACCACCCCUCGUACUUCUGCCAAGUGGCGCCCACACACUACUUUCGCCACUGAGAAGGGCAUGGUCAUUGAGCAAGAAGACAUUAAGCAGGCUGCCUAA